ACACUAACGCAAUCGUGACCCCUAGUUGAUCUCAAAAACAGACAAUGUAAUUCUCGACAAAGCAAAAUUUACGAAUUCAGGAGGGUUCUCAGUCACACACUGGAUUUAGUCGUGAAAGCAUAAUAAAUUUGCUUGGAAAUUUCUGUGACAUAAUUAGUUCCUCAUUUUUGUGAUGGUUCAGAUAAAACUGGUCGCACGUCAAAACUAUGGAAGAAAUAGUGUUCAAUAAUGAUGUAAAAAUCACAUCAUUCGAGACAUUGCUUAAACGCGAUGUUACAGUAUUGCAAAUAGUAGGACUGCAUUCACUCGCUGAUGUAUUUACGGCUGAAAGGAUGAAGCCUAAAAUUUGGGAAUCAAUAACCUUCGAAAUUGGGUUGGUUAAUCUGGGUGCAGUCGUACUAUUUGAGACUUGUAAGGUGUUUGAUGUAUGGGGUCGAGAUCCGGAGUAUAUCGUCGGUGCCUUAUCUGCUAUUGUCUCCGGAACAGUUUGUCUUCUUAAGGGUGGUCGGCUGUGGUUUUGGCGAGAAGAACUCCGUAAUCUCUUACGCUUUUUGGCCGUAUUGUGGAACAAAGAAAAUACAAGAGACAGCAUUGAAAAUAUAAAAAUGGCGGAAGCGACGUGUUUAGUGACUAAGAUACACAUCAUGAUGGUGACAAUACUUUGCCUAAGUUACGCCUUACGACCGUAUAUACUCCUGUUAACAUAUCAAAUGUAUGAAAAGAAUCUGAAUGAAUCGUACGAUUAUACAGUUACGGUAUACACGGCACUGUAUCCUUGGUCAACUGGAACCACAAUUAAAUACAUGUUAUGCGUCACAUGGGAACAAUUUGUGCUUUGUGUCGUCGCACUUUAUUGGAUGGCUGCUGACAUCAUUUUCGCCCAGCUCACUACACAUAUGGCAAUACAAUUCCGUGUUCUUUGGAACGAUUUGGAACAUAUCACCAUCUCUGACAACGGCCAAAAGGAAACAAAUGAGAUUAAACUGAGGCAUCAGUUAUCCGCGAUUGCCAAACGACAUUGCGAUUUGUACACCCAUUGCGAAAUGAUCGAGCGCAUUUUCAAUCCGAUCGUUUUCCUUACGUUAUCAUUCACCGCUGCUCAUAUGUGUCUUUGCGCAUUUCAUCUCCAGAAGUAAUGUAUGGAAACUGGG